CAUCAGCUGAUUGAACAGCCUCAGCAGGUUGACUGGAUAUUUCAGUCAUGGCCAAGAGUCCUGGUCUCCUGCGUCAUGGCUGCCUGAGUCCUGAAGGGAUCCUGAGGGAGAUCCAGAUCAACUUGCUGGAGUGCAAAGUCUGCUUCGAGAUGUUCAGCACUCAGCAGAGGGAGCGCAGGCCUCAGAACCUUUCCUGUGGCCAUGUACUUUGUCUGGAAUGCAUCACGGCUUUGUCCCACCCUCUCCUGAGGAAGCUGGAGUGCCCGUUCUGUCGACAGCUGUGCAGUGUUGACAGCACCUCCCACUGCCAGGUUCUCAGUGACCUACAGGAGCUUCUGUUGUCUCAGAGUCCAACAUCUGCCGCUGCUCCUCCUCGCUGGGCAAGAGGAGGCCACGUUCUGACCGCGGGUCUGACAUGCGCGGGUCUGACAUGCGCGGCUCUGCACCUGCACACUACAUUUGGCGGGUGGGGGACUCUUAUCAACCCCACAGGGAUAGCUGCUUUGGGGUCUUCGGGAACAAUAGUGGUAGUGCACGAUGGAGAGAAGAGGAUGGUCGUUUUCAAUCUUCAGGGAAGGAAGCUGCACAGUUUUGGGAGACAAGGAAAAGGCCCCGGGGAGAUCUGUUACGCUGUGGACGUCGCAGUUAGUCCCAGCGGUUACGUGGUGGUGACUGAUGCAGGGGAUGGAGCCAUGAAAGUUUUCACUUCCAGGGGGAAUCACGUCAUGACGAUCGGCGAUUCCUUCCAGCUGCCUUGGGGGGUGGACAUGGACAGCUGCGGGCACAUCCUGGUCUCAGACGUCCAGGCUGGCACGCUGUCCCAGGUGAAAGUGGACUAUAGUCGCGGUGUCAUCGUGGAGCACCGCACAGUCAUUUCAGAGCUCCAGUCUCCCAAAGCUGUGGCCUACUGCGCCGCCACUGGGAACACCGCAGUGAUGGAGCAUCCAACCGAGGACGCACAUCCAACAGACAAGCACCAGUACAGGAGGCUCAAAGUGUUUAGCAAAGACUUCAACCUGCUUUACCAGACGGACAGUUUCAGCCUGACCCUGCAGUCCACAGUGAGGUUGAACAUGUCAGGCGUGGCAUUUGACGGAGAUGGAGACUUGAUUGUGACCGACUCCGAUCAGGGGAUGAUUUACAGUUUGGGGAAGCUCCAGAACGGCCCAGUCUUGACCCCUCUCGUGGGAGACCAGCUGAUCCGGCCCGUUGGACUGGUGUUACUGAACAACCUCCUCAUCGCACUGGAUGGCGGUGACCACACAGUGAAGAUUUAUUCUGCUAAAUCUGAUAGCGGACCCACGAAAUAGCUUCUGUACCAUAUGAAGAAACCCAGCGGAGGGAGCUGAAGUCCUAAUCACUGUUUAAGAUGGCAUACUAGACUAAAUGAAAAAUGAUGCAGUCAUGUCAAGCUGCCGUUGAUGUGAUGUUGUUAUUGUCCAAUAAAAUAAAAUAAAAUAAAAUA